CGUAAAAGGUAUCUACGAACUCGAGCAUCGGAUAAGAACCCGACUCCCCCGUCGACGCAACCACAUCAAACGAUAGGUUCCGGCUCAUGGCUCAGAUCCAAGGUUCUGCCGGCCUUCUCGUCAUGGUUCCAGCCCCACCGGAUCUACAAUCCAAAAGAAUCGUUCUUCCCGUUCCCCAAGAUCACGUUUCUUAUUGAUCGACCUCCAAAGUUGGAGUGCCAGAUAUGCCGUCAGGCCCACUGCGAGAUCAAGUCAGAUACAGCACCAGUUGACGACACGACCUUUAGCAUUAUGCCGUGCGGGCACGCAGCAUGCUCACGGUGUCUCGACAAGUGGUUACGUAGACAUGAGAGUUGUCCCUUUUGCCGGAGUUGCUUAAAAUAUCCGGGCUGCGGGCACAGCGUUCCGGCGAGACUAUUGACAAAGGAGGGUUUACAUCUCUUGCCACGAACACUCCCGGACCGGGGCUGGAUCCCGCAUCUCUGCGCGCAGUGCCUCCGCGAAAGCUUAUUGAGUCAGGCGGAGGUGAGGUUCCGGCAGGCCACGCAAGAGUUUCGAGAGGCAAGACGGCGCUUCCACGAGACUGGGGCGGCGGCCGAUGAGGAUGUGCUGCUAGUGAAGCGGGAAGAGUUCGAGACGGUGCUGCGGGACGAAGUUUACCAAAGGCAGUUGAGCACGUGGUUGACA